GAAUGUGCGCCACAAUCAGUGGCUGAUAACUUAAGAUAAAGUACUUUUUCCCUUUCUAAGGACCAAAUUCGUAACACUCUCUCAUGGACUCUGGAGAGACGGACGAGCCGGUGACGCCGGCCGGCCGGCUGUUUCUCCGGCCAGAGAUGAACCAAAUAAUCACCUGCGUCGCAGGCCAAAAAAACCCAAUCGACGUGGACGCCGUCAAGGCCGAGAUCACCAAAUCCGUCAUGAUCACACUCCCCAGAUUCACCAGCUUGAUGGUCAGAGACCGUAACGGUCUCGAACACUGGAGAAAAACCCAGGUCGACGUAGACCGCCACGUCAUCGUCCGACACGAACCCGUCGUCGACGGAGUCAGCGACGAGGACGCUGUCAACGACUACCUCGCUGAUCUGGCGGUCUCGACACCGCUCAGUUUCGACAAGCCGCUGUGGGAAAUACACCUCUUGAUGGCCCACAAGGGCACCAUCCUUCGGGUCCAUCACGCGUUGGGCGAUGGGAUUUCGCUGAUGUCUUUGUUUCUAGCGUGCUGCAGGAGGGCCGAUGAUCCUGAUCAGCCACUCACUAUCAAACCCUUGGGGACUUCUUCUUCGAGCACGAAUCACCAUCGUAGAGAGUGGGUGGUGUUGAGAGUCUUGAGAUUUGUGCAAUUGGCGUGGUUUUCGUUAGUGUUUAUCUUGGAGUUCGUGUUCAGGAGUUUGUGGGUCAGAGACAAGAGGACCGCCGUGAGCGGCGGUGAUGGGGUCGAGCUGUGGCCGAGGAAAUUGGCCACCGCUAGGUUUCAGCUGGACGACAUGAAGACGGUCAAAAAGGCUAUUGCCGAUGCGACCAUUAACGAUGUCCUAUUCGGGAUAGUAUCAUCUGGCCUAUCAAAAUACCUGGAUAUUCGAUCGCCGAAAGGUCUCAAGGAGGGGCUUCAAAUAACGGGUCUUGCUAUGGUUAAUUUAAGAUCACAACCAGGAUUGCAGGAUGUUUCGGCUUUGAUGGCAAGAAAUUCAGGAUCACGGUGGGGCAACCAAUUCGGUAUGCUUCUCCUUCCUGUUUAUUAUCAUAAAGACGGUGCUGAUCCUCUGCAGUGUGUGAAGAGAGCAAAGAAAAUGCUUGACAUGAAGAAACAAUCAUUAGAGGCUCAUUUCUCAUACAAUGUGGGAAACUUUGUCAUGUCCUUUUUGGGAGCAAAGUAUGCAAGCUUGCUUAAUUACAGAAUUGUGUGUAAUACAACGUUUACGAUCUCAAAUGUGGUUGGUCCACAAGAGGAGAUAGCACUUGUUGGCAACCCUAUAAAUUACAUAAGAGCAAAUACAUGCAGCCUACCCCAUGCAAUCACAAUGCACAUGACGAGCUAUGCGGGAAGAGCUGACAUGCAAAUCUUGGUGGCCAAAGAAAUUAUCCCUGACCCAGAGGUUUUAGCCAAGUGCUUCGAAGAUGCCUUGUUCGAAUUGAAGGAAGCCGCUGAGGCUGCCUCAAAAACCUGAACAAAGUUUCCCCUCCAUACACUAUGAUUUCGUCAAUUGAAAGAUUCACACUACAGGUAAUUAUUUGUAAAAUUAAAAUCCCACAUAUAUACUUGCCCAUUGUACGCCCCAAAUUUGUAACAAAAAUCAAGCAAACGAAAGUAAAACCUCUCUGUAAUUGCUCCAACAUAAUAAAUUUGUGCAUCAUUUACAGCCAAUGCGAUAAUGAACUUGUGUGAUUACGGAGAUACUCUUUCGAGUUAUGGACAAAAAUUUUGUAAACUGUUUUCUGA